CAAAAACGCAUCGUAUUCUCUCACAUUUUUGCAUCACAUUCGUUUCCUUGAAUCUCUCUGCUAGAGAGAGAGAGAGAAAGAGAGUAACAGAGAGAGAAUGUUCCAUGCUAAGAAACCUUCAAGUAUGAAUGGUUCAUAUGAGAACAGAGCUAUGUGUGUUCAAGGCGAUUCAGGCCUCGUCCUCACCACCGACCCUAAACCCCGUUUGCGUUGGACCGUCGAACUACACGACCGUUUCGUCGAUGCCGUCGCUCAGCUCGGCGGCCCCGACAAAGCGACUCCAAAGACGAUUAUGAGUUAUGGGUGUGAAGGGUCUUACUCUUUACCACCUAAAGAGUCAUCUUCAGAAAUUCAGGCUUGGAAAGCAGCCUCACAAGGAGUAUGGAGAUCACUCCACAAAGGAAGGUUCAAGAGCUUCUGUCAUGGAUAUUCAGCGCAACGUAGCUUCUUCUUCUGGCAUGAUAAGUCGCAACAUGAAUGAGAUGCAAAUCGAAGUGCAGAGAAGAUUACACGAACAGCUAGAAGUGCAGAGACAUUUGCAGCUGAGGAUUGAAGCACAAGGAAAGUACAUGCAAUCUAUAUUGGAAAGAGCUUGCCAAACCCUAGCCGGUGAGAACAUGGCAGCCGCCGCGGUUGUAGGAGGAGGGUACAAGGGAAAUUUUGGAAGUUCAUCUCCUCAUCCUCUUAGUUUCCCAUCCUUCCAGGACUUAAACAUCUAUGGAAACACAACCGAACAAGUCCUCGACCAUCAUAACUUCCAUCAUCAGAACAUAGAGAACCAUUACACGGCCAACAACAAUGCUGCAGACACCAACAUUUACUUGGGGAAGAAGCGAUCAAACCCUACUUUUGGUAACGAUGUAAGCAAAGAACUUUUAAUGUGGUCUAACCAAGAUCACGAUCUUGUCGGAAACCAACCGAACGAUGAUGAGCAUCAGAUUCAGAUACAAAUGGCUACACAUGUCUCGACUGAUUUGGAUUCUCUAUCAGAAAAUAACUGUGGGAAGUUACUGGAAAGGCUAUCACCUCGAAGAUCACCAUUGAGUCCUAUGAUGAACCCUAUUGGUGGGUUAAUACAAGGGAUGAACUCACCAUUUGGGUGAUACAGUGAUUGUUUUUGUGUGAUGUAUCAUGCAUGAGAACGUGAGAAGCACGAGAUAUAUAUUUUGUUUAUUAUGAACUUGACGAUUUAGAGAUGGGACCAGCAAAAAAAAAGAAGACAAAGUUUGUUACGUGUAUUGGAUUAGUUUUGCUCGUAUUUACUUGUACUGAAACUAUAUAUCACUGUUGUUGCUAUAAUAUGUAGAAUUCAUUCUGUACUUAUUAUUUUCUUCCAGUCGAAUGUUUAAAAGUUGGUCUUCACUGUUAGCAGUAGAAUGGCCGAAUGAUUGUAU